AAACAAAAUUUCAUCACCCAGCGUCCACCAACUUUAGUUAUUGCAAUUGCUCAGCUCGAUCCUUUCGAACAUAUAUAAAUACCAUCCGAGCAAGUUAAACCACACUAAACCAUAUACAACAGAAGCAGCUAGCAGCCUAGCUGGUACUAUAUUUCUAACCCUUAUAAACCACCCACCAUGGCUAUGACUAUGAGACUGAUCCAAUUACUGGUGAUCAUAUCGGUAAUUGCUUUGGCCCUGUCCAGAAGAGCGCUGGCAAGUGAUCCUGACAUCACUUCCGAUUACAUACUCCCAGAAAACCACACGAGCACAACUGCUGAUGCCUCAUUCUUCACAUACACAGGAUUCCGCGGCUUAUUUGAUCAAGCACCCAAAACCUUCACGGCAACAAAAGCAAGCAUGGAUGAGUUCCCUGCUCUCAAAGGCCAGAGUGUGUCAUACGCCAUGCUUCAAUUCCCUCCAAACACAAUAUUCCCACCUCACACCCGCCUUGACUCUGCCGGACUUAUGUUUGUCCUUACUGGUUCCUUGGAAGUAGGCCUAAUCGACACGAAAAACGUUCUGUAUACUAAAAAGCUUCAAGCUGGAGAUAUGUUUGUGUUUCCUAAGGGAUUGAUCCAUUAUCAGUAUAACGCGGAUCCUAAUUUGCCAGCCACUGCCAUUGCAGCAUUUGGAAGCGCAAGCGCUAGAACAGUUGCAGUUCCAGCCUCUAUCUUCAGCUCUGGAAUUCGUGAUGUUGUCCUGGCAAAAUCAUUCAAGACAGAUGUUAGUACCGUUAGGAAGAUCAGGGCUGGCCUAAAAAAUUAAUGACAAAGGGCUCUGUACUUUUGUUAUCAUACUGCAGUUAAUUUCAUUACUUUUAGUUUCUACUUGUUUGUAUAUCAUGAUAUUUACUUCCUUUAUUUUGAAAUUUAUUUUAUUUGUUUUCAAUAGAAUCAUAUAUAUUCUUCAUUCA